AUGACUCUCGACAAGCGAUUCGACGCCGUGCGCAUCGACAACCACGACCCCUCUUCCUCCGACCCCUCCCUUCCACCCCACGUCCUCUCCUCCUCCCGCGAAAACAUCUCUGGCGCCGCCACCGAAAAGUACGUCCAAGAACUCCUCCGCGACCCCAAACACCGCCUCGCCCUCUCCGCCCUCAGCACCGCCAACCCCAACACCGUCCUCAUCAAACCCACCGUGCCCCUCCGCGACGCCCACACCUUCAACACCGCCAUCCCCCACGAGGGCUCCCCCAUCACCAACCAGCGCAGCACCGGCCGCUGCUGGAUCUUCGCCGCCUGCAACGUCUUUCGCAUCGCCAUCCAGCAAAAGUACGACAUCAAGGCCUUUGAGCUCAGCCAGUCCUACCUCUUCUACUGGGACAAGAUUGAAAAGUCGAAUUACUUUCUCGAGUCCAUCAUCGAUACUGCAGAUGACGAGGUUGAUGGAAGAUUGGUCAAGGAGUUGAUGACUGCCCCUGUGGGCGAUGGAGGGCAGUGGGACAUGAUUGUCAACCUCGUCAGCAAAUACGGCAUCGUCCCGCAAGUCCUCUACCCCGACUCCUGGAACGCGCAAAACAGCCGCACCAUGAAUCUUCUCAUCACCGCCAAAUUACGCGAAAACGCCCUCAUCCUGCGCGAAGCAGUCUCCGCCAAUACCACCGCCUCCAAACUCACCGAACUAAAGGAAGGCAUGAUGCAGGACAUUGUGCGCAUCGUCACCUUUUGUCUCGGCCCCCCGCCCCCGGCAAACGAGAAAUUCACCUGGGAAUUCUACGACUCCGCCCACAAGCUGCAAACCGUCUCCAUGACUCCCAUCGAAUUCGCCGAAUCCACCCACGUCAAGAAGUUCUUCUCGCUCGUGAAUGAUCCUCGCAACGAAUACAACCGUCUCCUGACUGUCGAUCACCUCGGCAACGUCUGGGACGGGCAGCCCAUCACGUAUGUAAAUGUGGACAAGCAAGUGUUGAAGGAUGCUUGUAUCGAGAUGCUCAAGAAAGGUCUGCCCAUCUUCUUCGGCUCGGAUGUGGGCAAGCAGAGCGAUAGGGACAAGGGCAUCAUGGCUACUGACCUCGUCGACUACGAACUCGGCUUCAACGUCAAGCUAGGACUCAAUAAAGCAGACAGAUUGCGUACCGGUGAAUCGGCAAUGACUCAUGCAAUGGUGCUAACUGCCGUCCAUCUCGACGCCAACGACAAGCCCGUACGCUGGCGCGUCGAGAACUCCUGGUCCGAAAAGUCCGGCAGCGAGGGCUACUUCGUCAUGAGCGACAACUGGAUGGACGAGUUCUGCUACCAGGCCGUCAUUGACCCGGAAGUCGUCAGCCAGGAGGUGAGGGAUGUGCUGCAGCAGAAGCCAAAGGUCCUGCCGCUUUGGGAUCCCAUGGGGGCGUUGGCAUGA